CACACCUCUCCCAAUAAAGGCAUUCUUUUUUUUACUUAUUUGAUAAUUUCAAUAUUCUGAAUCUAAACAUUUAUAUAUGCGGCAUUACUGGAUUUGUUUCUUAGUUAGAUAGCCAUCCAUCUUGCCAGCCAAGAAUUAAUGAAAGCCAUGGAAUCCAAGUUUAAUCACAUUUUGGCUUUGGUUGUUCUGGCGAUUAAUUUGAGCAAUUAUGCAAUUUGCCAAACUCAAGAGGAUUUAGAAAAGGGGGCUUCGUUUAUUUUCGGAGAUUCGUUAGUAGAUGCUGGAAACAACAAUUAUUUACAAACGUUGUCGAGGGCCAAUAUCCCCCCAAAUGGUAUCGAUUUUAAAGCCUCGGGAGGAAAUCCUACCGGCCGGUAUACAAAUGGAAGAACCAUUGGAGACAUCAUUGGCGAGGGAUUGGGACAACCUCACUAUGCGAUGCCAUUUCUUGCCCCAAACACGACUGGAAGAAAUAUCUUAUACGGGGUUAAUUAUGCAUCAGGAGGUGGUGGAAUCAUGAAUGCAACUGGAAGAAUAUUUGUGAACAGGCUAUCAAUGGAUAUCCAGGUUGAUUACUUCAAUAUCACUAGGAAACAAAUUGAUAAAUUGUUAGGUCCAUCAAAAGCAAAAGAAUACGUCACAAGAAGAUCAAUUUUCUCCGUUACUAUAGGAUCCAAUGAUUUUCUCAAUAACUAUCUUCUUCCAGUAAUUUCCGUGGGUGCAAGAAUUUCUCAGAGUCCAGAUGCUUUUGUUGAUGAUAUGCUCAAUCAUCUAAGGGGACAGCUUUCUAGACUUUACAAAUUAGAUGCAAGAAAAUUUAUAAUUGGGAAUGUUGGGCCUCUUGGAUGCAUUCCCUAUCAGAAAACUAUCAAUCAGUUGAAUGAAAAUGAGUGUGUGGAAUUACCAAAUAAGUUGGCACUUCAGUACAAUGCCAGAUUAAAGGAUCUUGUCCAUGAACUAAAUGAGAAUCUCCCAGGAGCCACUUUUGUGCAUGCCAAUGUCUACGAACUUGUGAUGGAACUCAUUACAAAUUAUGCUAAAUAUGGAUUUACGAGUGCGAGUAGAGCAUGCUGUGGAAAUGGAGGACAGUUUGCUGGGAUAAUUCCAUGCGGGCCAACAUCUAGCAUGUGUUCGGACAGGGACAAGCAUGUAUUUUGGGAUCCUUAUCACCCGAGUGAGGCUGCUAACCUUAUUAUUUCCAAACAAUUGCUCGAAGGGGACAAAAAAUAUGUAACUCCAAUGAACAUCCGAGAACUCCGAGAUCUCUGAUUCAAUAAUUGAUCGUUUCUUGGACACGUAUUUUUAUUCUUAGUUAAUCUUUGAAUGUUCUGUUUCUCUUUUGUCCAUGUUCGUAUAUUUAGUGUGCAGUUGAAUGGAGAUCCCUCUGGCCGUUGCAAUACUUUUGUUGAGCACUAGCAUAAUUAUUGUGUACUCGUAAAUUCAAAAUUAAAGAAUGUUCAAGGCGACUACGUUAUUGUG